AUGGCUGCCCCAGUGGUCCCGUGGCAGGCCCAGAUGCUGACGGUCGAAUGGUCGGAUGGCGUUCCCAAACCUCCAACGCAGAGGCUUCAUUAUGCAGAGGCUUCAGUGACCGGCCUCCGAGGAAAGCGAGCUAUCGUCGCGAAAGACCUCUUUCAACAACAAGAUAAAGCACCUGCGCGGGAGUGUGGAUGGAACCGGGAGCUGUGCCAGGAGCUUCUUGAAUGCGAGAGGAAGAACCUCGAGUCUGAAAAGACACCUAGAACAGAUCUUGAGAAUCCUAACGAGUGUAAGCAGCAGUUGACGUUGACGCAAGUCAAGGACGAGCAUGACAAGAGCGAGACCGAUUAUACGGACAUGUUAAUAGGGCUGAACAAGAACUAUAAGGAUCUGACAAGAAAACCCCCGAGGACAAGGAGUCGACUUGAGAGGAAAGCUGAAGUCCUGAUACGAAACCGACAACUGCGGAGGAAAAUCACACGGGGAGCAAGGAACAUGUAUGCGACAUCCUGCUUGCUAACCUGCGAUGGCGCGACCUGCGACUUGCUGUCGAAAGACAACCACAAGGAAAGGAUGGCCAAGUACGAAAACCGCAUCAACGCCGAGGCCAAGGAAUCCAAAAUCAGGAGAAAAUACUUAUCGCGCAAAGCCGACGUCGCUGAGUGGCGCAAUAUAGCCCGCCACUCUGGAGAAGGAGCACGCUCGAGUUAUUGGCAAAGAGGCACCGUACAAGAGUAG